CCGUCAGAGUGACUGAUCUAGGCUAAUAAAAUCUCCAGAUGCCAGCAGUUGUCAUCAGUCAGUCAGGCUCAGUCACUAAGUCACACUGGAUCUGGUUGGCUCCCGACUGCAGCAGCAGCGCCACUUAAUCAACGCCACUAUAUACUUUUCAGCGUUUCGCCAACUCCCGAGGACUGUGUCGCGGUCAAAGUCACCGUCGCCUCUGGGAGUGAAGAAAGUUCCCUCUUGUCUCGGCACUAAAGUUGUUGUUUUUCUCCGUGCCGCGUGUCUCUCUGCCGCCCUGGCUCGCCUCUCCUGGCCCUCCUCUCCCCAGCGCUUGUCGUGGAAAGACUGAAAUUACAUCGCUCUCAUGGUGGACUAUUUUCAGCUCCCAGGGAGAGUGGCAGAGGGCAAGCGACAGGUUCUCUAGUCUCGUGGUGCUCAGAAGAGCAGGAGCGUCUCUCUCUCGGUGCGCACAUCUGAAACGUCCGCGGGAGGCUUGUUGUCGUCCUCUUUUUCUUUUUUUAAACCGCACUAGCGCUUUGGCGUUUCGACGGGCCAAGGUGUGGAAGAAUGCUGUGCGCCACAUCGCCAGAUCAGGAGCCCGAUGACAACACAUCCUUCUACAUCCACGAUGUGGGCCAGCCACAGUCCAUGGUUAGCAGCCACCAGUCUAUGGGCCUGCCCCAUUCAGCCGUCUCAAACCACCAGUCUAUGGGUCUGCCACGCCAUAGCAUGCAGGCUUACUCCCAGCUUAUCAACACGUCACCACGCCUGCAGCCACACAAACAGGCCUGCGAGUCCCACAGCUACGACGGUCUACACGAGCCCAAGUACAGCACAUCUCCCCUGCUACCCCACACCCCCACGGGCCCUCCCAAGGCCUUUGAGUGUCCCAGCAUCCAGAUCACCUCCAUCUCGCCCAGCUGUCAGCAGGGGAUGGGCGCCAGUCAGGAGGACCUCAGGGCCAACGGCCCCGAGGGGGACUACCACGGGGAGCGACCUCUCUCCAGGGACCACCUGUACCUGCCCCUGGACCACGCGUACCGGGACUCAUCGCUCAGCCCCAGCCCCUGCAGCAGCAUCUCCUCUAGGAGCUGGUUCUCUGACGCCUCUUCCUGCGAGUCCUUCUCCCACAUCAACGACGACGUGGAACACGAGCUGAACGAGGCGGCCGCCCGCUUCACCCUGAGCUCGCCGCUCACCUCCCCGGGGGCCGGCUCCCCUCAGACAUGGGGGUUGCCCCAGGACGACCAGGGGCCAUGGCAGCAGCAGCAGCAGCAGCAGCACCACCACCCCGCCUUCAUCCACUCCCACUCCCUCACCCUCUCGCCACGGGGGUCCCCGUGCCACUCCCCGCGCACCAGCGUCACCGAUGAGAACUGGCUCAGCCCGCGGCCGCCCUCCCGCCCCUCCUCGCGGCCCACCUCGCCGUGCGGCAAGAGGCGCCACUCCAGCGCAGACAUCUGCUUCCAGGGCUCGCUGUCCCCGCACCACUCGCCCACCCCCACGCCGGGGCCCUCGCCCAGGGGCAGCGUGACCGAGGACACCUGGGGUGGAAGCCCCCAGGCCGGCAUGUCGCCCUUCCAGUUCUGUCCCUCCGAGGCCGACAUACCCUCCAAGACCAGGAAGACCUCCCAGGACAGGACGGUCAUGCAGGGGGACAUGGGUCUGGACGAGCAGGGGAGUAUGUCCCCACACCUGGACUCCCCGUCAGACGAGGGUCUGCACGGCAUGAAGAAGGACGCCGCCGGCGAGCAGUUCCUCUCCGUGCCCUCCCAUUUCACGUGGAACAAACCCAAACCCGGACACACGCCUAUAUUCAGGACCUCGUCCCUGCCCCCUCUCGACUGGCCGCUCCCCAGCCAGUUUGGCCAGUAUGAGUUAAAAAUAGAGGUGCACCCCAAGGCUCAUCACCGGGCCCACUACGAAACAGAGGGCAGCCGAGGAGCCGUCAAAGCAACUUCCGGGGGCCAUCCUAUCGUCAAGCUCAUUGGCUACAGUGAGAAGCCCAUCAACCUUCAGAUGUUCAUCGGCACAGCGGAUGACCGCUACCUCCGGCCGCACGCCUUCUACCAGGUGCACCGGAUCACCGGCAAGACGGUGGCCACAGCCAGCCAGGAGAUCGUAAUCACCAGCACCAAAGUCCUUGAGAUCCCACUCCUACCGGAGAACAACAUGACGGCCAGUAUCGACUGCGCCGGCAUCCUCAAGCUCCGCAACUCGGACAUCGAGCUGCGGAAGGGGGAGACGGACAUCGGCAGGAAGAACACGCGGGUCCGGGUGGUGUUCCGGGUGCACAUCCCCCAGCCCAACGGGAAGGUGCUGUCGCUGCAGGCCUCCUCCAUCCCUGUGGAGUGCUCCCAGCGCUCGGCUCAGGAGCUGCCCCAGGUGGAGAAGUCCAGCCCGACCAGCUGCCUGGUCAGCGGGGGAGAGGAGAUGGUCAUCUCCGGCUCCAACUUCUUCCCCGAGUCAAAGGUCAUCUUCCUGGAGAAGGGCCCUGACGGACGUCCGCAGUGGGAGGUGGAGGCGAAAGUGAUCCGUGACAGAGCUCAAGGAUGCAGUAUAGUGGUGGAGGUGCCUCCGUACCACAGCAAGGCCGUAGGCUCUGCCGUGCAGGUUCAAUUCUACGUGUGCAACGGCAAGAGGAAAAGGAGCCAAUCCCAGCGCUUCACCUACCUGUCAGUCAUGGUGAAACAGGAGCUCAGAGAUGACCUGGACCACCCCUCCGUGCGGCCCCUGUCCAUGCCCAUGCCCAUGGCGCAUGCUGCCAGUCUGGUGUGCACCCAGCUGCCUUCCCCGGAGCAGGGCCACCCCUCUGACGGCCUUCUGUCCGGCUCCCCCAGGGGCCUGGCCGCGGGCCCUGGCCCGGGCCUCCUGCCCCUGCAGGGCCCCUGCCCUUCCCUGGGCUCCCCGUCUUUCCAGCACCUGCCUCAGCUCCAGGGCCGAGGAUUACACCACGCCCCCGCCGACUGCCACAUGACCUUUCAGCCCGGCUCCGCCCCCCACUCCCCCGCCCGGCCCUCCUACCAGCCCAUGCAGCCCGGCCACGCCCACAGCCUGCCCUUCAACGGCCAGCACGGCCUGUCCCCCCAGGGCUACGAGCGGAUGCCCCCCUACCAGCAGGACCGCAGCACAGCACCCCAGCACACCAUGGACCUGGGGGGCAUGGGGGGCAUGGUGUACCCCAGCACCCCUUCCUCCUGCUCCUCCCCCUCCUCCGGCCCCGGCUCCACCAGCCCCAACCACCACGCCCCCUCCCCCCACAGCCAGCAGACCCUCCUGAGUCACUCCUCCUCCCACCUCCACACGAUGGGGGGCUACCACCCCGUCCAGGUGGGCUCCCCCGGCGGCCACCCCCAGGCCGGGCAGCCCCCCUCCCAGCAGCUGCAGCGGGCCAUGAGCUACCACCCCGUGGGCCAACGGUCGGCCUCCUGCCCCACGCCCUCCAGCGCGGCCCCGCCACAGCUGAUCCCCUCGCCCCAGUCGGGACCCCCCUCCCCCCAGGUGCACUCCCUGCCCUACCAGUCCCCCACCUCCCCCUCGCCCACCGCCGGGGGCAGCCCCCUAGGGAGACAGCCGUCCCCCCAGGCCAGCAGCCCCGUCAUGGCCAGCCUGUCCCCGGCGACCGCGGCGGGGCCCAUGAGCCACCCGCUGGCCCCCCAGGGCCCCUUCCCCCCGGACGUAGAGCGGCUGAGCAUCAAGCAGGAGCCCGAGGAACGGGAGCCCACCUUCCGCUCCAUAGGCCUGCAGGACAUUACGCUGGACGAUGUGAAUGAGAUCAUCGGCAGGGACAUGUCGGAGACGCCUGCGGCCCACCCGUCUCCAGACCCUCCACACGGCCAAUCCUAGCUGCCCCCCCCCCUCAGCCUGCCCACCGGGCCGCGCAGCGAGGCAUCCUGUCCUCCGUCCCCCCGCGCUCCCCGUACACCUACACCCCCCCCUCCCCUCCGGCAGCGGUGGACCCAGCCAGACCCUGAACAGACCCCCCCCCACACACACACACACACACACACACACACACACACACACACACACACACAGAUACACAGACUCCUUUACGCGCCUGCAGACCUGCCAGAUCCCCAGGACGACGUGACCCAGUGUCGUCCUGUGAGAGCUCAUCUGCACGGAGGAACACGCCCACAACGUGCUUUCUGACCCCGUGUGCAUGUACACGUGCACGUGCAGAGAGGAGGAGGAGGAGGAGGAGGAGGAGGAAGCUGCAGGCUGACUGACUGGGUGUUCAUAGUAUUAUAGCUCUGAUUAUGUCUCCGUCUUCCUCUCUGUCUCUCUCUCUCUCCGCGGUUCGUCCUUAGGCCCGCGCCUUAACCGUAUCACCACAUUAUGCAAGUCCCCCCCCCCCCUUUCCUCUAUUCGCCAUGUAUGCAAUCUCAAUAUACGCUCGGCCCAGGGUGGUCUACAGGGCAGCAGAACUGAGAACUGAGACCCCCCCCUUUGUUCUGUCCCUGGAUGGGUGCCAGGGACAGCACCAAUCCAUCCAAACAACGGUUAAUUGUAACGGCUUACCUGAUUACCUGAAACGUUGCCAUGUGAGCCCAGUGACCUGUGCUCGGUUGCUGUUCUGUGGGGGGGGGGGGGGGGGGGGGUUGGUGCCUGGCUAGUCAUUCAGUAGCCACAUACACACACAAACACACAACUCAAGGCAGAAACACCACAAACAGCACUGACCUUUCAGCAGUCAGACAGGUUUAAUGUUUAUCUAUGGGCCUAGGUUAACACGGCAGGGUGAUGGAACUCAAUGCAGAGUUCUGCAUUCAGGUCCGUCACCCUGCUAGUGUUGAGAGCGAGAGACAGUUCAAGAUGGCAACCAGUUGACGAAGGCCUGUGGAUGUCAGUUGGUUUAAUAAUAGCUUCUGUUUCUAAUGUAUUGCACACAGCUACGGCCUCGCGUGCAAAACAUUAAAAAACAAAACGUUGACACUGAAGUGAGAUUUCCAAAUGAUCUGGCUGAAACCCUUUGAGUUCAGUGAGCGUCACUGAUGAUGUUUCUCCCCUGCGAAAGCGUCAACCCGCUCAGGGCCUGAGCAGCACGGGGCCUAGGGUGGCUUUCUGCUCUUGACUAGCAUCCCCAUGACAACAACAUUCCACUACUUCUAGUGACCUCUCCUCCCCCUCCAUGUAGAUACCUGUACAUUAACACAACCUUCCCUCCCUCCCCCUUUAUUAAAGCUCUCCCCUCCCACAUGUUUUUAUUUUUAUAACUUUUCUUCAUUUUUAAGCGAACAAAUGCCUUAUUAACACUUAGCAGCAGCAGCAGCAUUUGAUGCUAGGUGCCUGACCGCCAAGGGGCCAAGGUGGAGUCCUCAGUGUGGACUGACUGUAGAUGCUUCCGGAGCCUUCUAUUCUCUAGUUCAUGUGUCGCUGUUUCUGCCAUAGAUUGAAUGGUUUAUGAGGGAUAUAAUCUCGCAAUGGAUUUUAAUAUGCCCUGAAUUAUGUGUUCAAUAUAUAACAUUUGUUUAGAUUCUCUUUUGAAUGGCCCAACAGAGAGACAACCUCUUAUACACUUCAAACCCCAAAACAAAAGAUAAGAUACUGUAAUUAUGACAGAUGAGCGGUUUGGAUAUUUCGCUUCGCAAUAUUCCCAAUUUCGGGAAACAAAAAGGUAUUUCUACAAAACUUAAAUGUAUUAAUCCACUGAUAUUAAUCGUAUAUUGGCAAUCAAAUAAUUGACGAGUGAAGUCAGGAUCUUGAAUGUGUUUUACAGACAGGUGAGAAAGUGCAGACAAACGGUAGAUAGCCAUCGCAUCUCUGUUAGCCCUCUAACAACUCCUUAUAUGGACGUUUUUUUUUUUUAUCUUAACCGUUGCUUAAACUAUAAUACGCUUGCAUGUGAUUUAUGAUACUUUACUUUAGUUGCGAUGGUCAUGUCCAGGUAACAAUGAUUCUGCUAUGCACUAAAACCUAUUGCCUUUAACAUGAGAGCGGAGAGGGAGACCUCAUUGCCUAUAGAUGUAGACUGUAAACAUGCGUUUUGGGUCGGCUUCAAUGGAGUGAUGGAGAAAGCUGCUGGCUACAUAGGGAUUGUUGCAGUGUUUGUGUGUGUGUGCACACGCAUGGUUUAAUACCAAAUGUGCUGAAAAAAAAGAAAGGAAAAAAAAGAAAGGAAUAACGCAACAUUAAACCAAGCACAUUGAUUUUUUUUUUUUUUUUUGGCUAUGCAAAACCACAAGAAGCCAGGGAUGUCUGACAUCGAAUAAAAACUGUAAAUAUUCCUAAUGAACUCCCUCAUGUGUAAAGGAUACACUUUAAAAGAGAGAGAGUAUAAAGUGACGGUGUGUCUGCGUGGUCAGGUAGAAUGCCUUAACUCCUCCUUGUACACCGGUUCCCUGAAGUCCGUAUUGUAUUCCCUUCCCAGAGUUCCGUCUCAGAAAUCAUUCAAUAGUAAUAAUAUGAAACUUUGUAAGAAUUGUAGGGAUUUGUUGUUUGGGGGGGUGGUGUGGAGAAAGGUGUCUUUUCAGAAUACGAGCUGGUGGUGUGAUCUGAAAGACUUCAGGAAUUAACGAAUAAUCAAUAUUGAUAUUAACAAACGCCAGCAUUCACAGGAAGCGCUUGCUGCCGCGCUCUCCUCUGUUGUCACAACCAAAGAUUGAACCUUUGUUCCCAUUUGACACGAUGGUAAGAACAGCAAAGACUGCAGAACUCUAUUUUUGAUAUGUUUGAAAUGGAUGUCAUUCCUAAAAAAAAAAAAAAGUUGGGGACAUUUAAAUAUAUAAAUAUAUAAAUACGUUUUUGUAAGAUAAAAGGGAAAUACAGGUUUAGCUGAUGUUUACCAAGCCUUGUUUUUUUUGUCAUUUCUUGUACAUUUUGUAUUUUAAACAUUUUUGUAAUUUUUAAGACUGCAGUGCUUUUUUGAAAGUAUUCAAAAUAUGCAUCAUAGGCUGUUAAGUUGUGUAUCAAUAAAAAAAUAAUAAUGUUCAGUCA